CAAGUGGAACUGAAGGAAAUGUCAUCAUUGGUGAAGGAGGACUUGGAGAAGAAACUGUUUAAGCCACUCUCACAGAAUCUGUAUGAGUUUAUCGAAAUAGAGGUCUCAGUCCAGGACAGGUAUUACCUCUGUGUGUCAGUGACCAAAAAUGAAGAAGUAAAAAUAAUUAUGGUGAAACACUACAGGAUAGGUUUAGAUGAAAAAUAUGAAGUAACAAAAAAGUGGUCUUUGGAUGAUCUGAGGAUGAUUGAUGGAAAAGAAGCAGAUACUGUAAGUGUUACAUUUUGUGAGGGAAAGGUGGACUCAAUACACUGGAGAUCUUUAUGUUCAAUAUCUUACUUUAUAUAUUCUUGGCAUGUACUAAGUGUUAAGAUGAUAUUAUAUUGUUCUUAAGUGGUAUGGUUUAGU